GGGGGGGUGUGUCCCACCGGCCCCCACGCUUGGCAGCGCUGGGAUCCCGGGAGGGGAGAACGGGCAGAGCCGGGGCCUUGGCGGCUCCUCCCGGGAGCCGCCCCGCCGGGCCGGGUGGGGCGAGCCCCGGAGCCCCCACCAGCGCGGGGGGUGGUCGGGGGUGUUUUGCCCCACCCCCGCCCCGAGAGCUGCUGGAAAGCGGGUUGAGGAGUGAAAGGGAGUCGGGGCUGGAUUCCUUCAGAGAGAGGGGAAGUUGACGCACCGGCCUAAGAAUAGCUCCGGGAGGGGAAGCACGGGCAGUAUUGUCACCAGAGGUAACCUCCGCCGGGGGGUGGGGGGUGUGCGUGUCUGUGCCCCCCGCCCCGUGUCAAGAAAAUCAUCGUUCUGGAGUGAAAUUGGCUCGGCUUCCCCGGCCCCCGCGCGUGGGGGACCCGCCGGUGUAGUAGGUCCAUGUGCAAUGUUUAGGGUGGUGUCUGUUCGGCGCGUUAUCGCCUGCCCUCUCGGGUUGCGUUUCAGCCGCUGAUGAAAUUGCAGCCGGAGAGCGGAGGAGUCUUUGGACCUUCCCAACAUCGGGACCUUUGAGUGGUAAAAGGCUCCUUCAGGAAGCUUCGCGGAGCAGAAGAGGGGAAGAAAAGAGCAGGCGGCUGUCGGAGGGAGCGGACCCCGUCCCGGAGUGUGGGGCAUUGGGGGGGCGAGAGGAAGUCGCUGUAUGUGGAGUUUUUGGACAAAAUGCUUUCUCUGAAGAAAUACUUCACUGAAGGCCUCAUCCAGUUCACCAUUCUGCUCAGCUUGAUCGGCGUUCGCGUGGACGUGGACACCUACCUGAACUCGCAGCUCCCUCCUCUGCGGGAGAUCAUUCUUGGCCAGAGCUCUGCUUACACCCAGACACAGUUUCACAACCUGCGUAACACCUUGGAUGGAUAUGGCAUCCACCCAAAAAGCGUAGACCUGGACUAUUACUUCACCGCUCGCAGGCUGCUCAACCAGGUGAGGGCCCUGGACAGGUUUCAGGUGCCCACCACUGAAGUCAAUGCCUGGUUGGUGCACAGAGACCCCGAAGGCUCUGUGUCCGGCAGCCAGCCCAGCGCCGGCAUCGCCCUAGAGAACGGCAGCGGCCUGCAGGAUGGCAACAGUCCCGACAACGGGGUGAGGGAGAGUGGAGCAGAGCAGGGUUUUGGGGAAGAACUGGAAGAUUUGGGAGCGGUGGCUGCCCCGGUGAACGGAGACCUGACCAAAGAGGUGCCUGGUGCGGAGGAUCAGACAGCCCUGUCCCUGGAGGAGUGCCUUAGGCUGCUGGAGGCCACCUUCCCUUUCGGGGAGAAUUCGGAGUUCCCAGCUGCGGAUGUCUCCACCCUGAGCGAAGCCGUGCCCGGUGAGAGCAGGUCCGCGGGCAUCCAGACCAGCCUGCUGUCCCCUCUCCUCACCGAGACCGAGUCGCCCUUCGAUCUGGAGCAGCAGUGGCAGGACCUCAUGUCUAUCAUGGAAAUGCAGGCUAUGGAAGUGAACAACACAACCGCAGAAACCCUGUACAACGGCACGAGCGGAGACCUGCUGACUUCGAACUACAGCCUGGCCCCCAACACUCCCAUCAAUCAGAAUGUCAGCCUGCAUCAGGCCUCCCUGGGGAGCUGCUCGCAGGACUUCUCCCUCUUCAGCUCCGAAAUCGAAAGCCCCUCCAUGGCUGGCAGCUCGGCCCUGCUCCAGCUGGCGCCGGACAACUCCACCGGCCUCAACACCACCUUCAGCUCCACCAACUUGAGCGGCAUCUUCUUCCCUCCGCAGCUGAACAGCACAGUCAACGAGACGGCUGGCCCCGAGCUGCCGGACCCGCUGGGCGGUCUUCUAGACGAAGCCAUGCUUGAUGAGAUCAGCUUGAUGGACUUGGCGAUUGAAGAAGGUUUCAACCCGGUGCAGGCCUCGCAGCUGGAAGAGGAGUUUGAUUCCGACUCAGGUCUUUCUCUGGAUUCCGGCCACAGUCCUGCUUCUCUGAGCAGCUCAGAAGCCUCGUCCUCCUCCUCUUCUUCCUCCUCGUCCUCUUCCUCCUCCUCGUUUUCUGAGGAAGGAGCUGUCGGCUACAGCUCAGACUCUGAAAACGUGGACUUUGAAGAAGCGGAAGGGGCGGUUGGAUACCAGCCAGAGUACAGCAAGUUCUGCCGCAUGAGCUACCAGGACCCGUCGCAGCUCCAUUACUUGCCUUACCUGGAGCACGUUGGCCACAACCACACCUACAACAUGGCUCCGGGGGCCCUGGAUCCCGAGGAGCCCAAACUGCCCAGCGCGGGGAAGAAGAGCAGCAAGGAGAAGCCGUCCGAGUUCCUGGAUAAGCAGAUGAGCAGGGACGAGCACCGAGCCAGAGCCAUGAAGAUCCCUUUCACCAACGACAAGAUCAUCAACCUGCCUGUGGAGGAGUUCAACGAGCUCCUCUCCAAGUACCAGCUGAGCGAGGCGCAGCUGAGCCUGAUCCGCGACAUCAGGAGGCGCGGCAAGAACAAGAUGGCUGCCCAGAACUGCCGCAAGAGGAAACUGGACACCAUCCUCAACUUGGAACGGGACGUCGAGGACUUGCAACGGGACAAGUCCAAACUGCUCAGGGAGAAGGUGGAAUUCCUCAAAUCCAUCCGCCAGAUGAAGCAAAAGGUGCAGAACCUUUACCAAGAAGUGUUCGGCCGCCUGCGGGACGAGAACGGCCAGCCCUACUCCCCCAGCCAGUACGCCCUGCAGUACGCCAGCGACGGCAGCGUCAUUUUGAUACCCCGCGCCGUGGCCGACCAGCAGGGCCGGCGGCAGGAGCGCAAACAGAAGGACCGGAGGAAGUGAAGGGACGGCACCGCGGGAGGAGUGGGACACUCGCUCAAGUGAGAACUGGAGAAGGGCUGAGCCUGGAAGUACUUUAGAGGAACUUUCAUGCCUUCUUAUCCGAUAUAUCGUCUCAAAAAAAACAAAACAAAACAAAACGUGACUGCUGCCGGUCGGUGUGCGGGAGAGACUGCGGGACCUGCAGGCUGAGGUUUGAGGGCUCCCUGCGGGGAGGGACGGGGAGGAGCGGACCCCGCACUGCCCAGCCCGGCGCCUUCCACAACCUGGAAUCCUUUGAGCGCAGGAACCGAGCCGGCAUCGCCGGCCCUGAGAUUGGCAGAGGUGGAAAAACUACUGUUAGGAACUGGCUUUAAAUAAGAAAAGAGAUUUAAGCAAAUGAACUUAAAACAAGUUAUAGGAGAGACAUUUUUCUGAACUUCCAAAGUUCUGUGAUUUCAGGUAGUUGGUUUUUUUUUCUUUUUUUUUUUCCCCCCUUUUUUUUUUUUUUUUUUCUCCUUUUCCUGAACCAGUUUUGACAUCGGUGUGUGUGAUUCAAUCUGACUUAAUUCCAGAUUAACCGACAUCCCUUCCUAGAGCAGACCAGUGCACACAUGGAAACACAAGUGGUGUGACUUCCAUUAACCCUUUCCAGUCUUGGGGGGGGGGGGCUCGCGGGAGAACCGUUACUGUACGUCUGGAGGAGCUGUGAUGCCUUGGGGGGGCACGUAGAGCUUUAGGAUUUUGGGGAGGGGUGUCUGGAGCUGGAGAGGGUUAAGAGAAGCGGUGUGAUACGCGGUCCCCCACCACACUCAGAGCAUGUCACUGCCGCCGGGCCAGCGCCGCUGAGCCGGCACACGCAGCAGCCUGCAUGCAACCGCCGGCUUCUCCCACCGCCUGCCUGCGGAACUGCCUGGGGAGGAAGGUGAGGAGGAGGGUGGUCGUUCCCCCCGCCCAGUCAGCGUACAGCACAAGGGGAGCAGAGGGUUCCCACCCCAGGCCGUGGGCUUGUCACUUCUAGAAAUUAGACAGCUGUUAGGAUUCCUGUUUCUUAACCGCGCUUUGAUUUUUUUUAGGGCUUCCGCCCUGGUUUUUUCCCUAUAGGGUCUAGAGUGCUUGUGUUGAGUAAAAGGGAGAAGCCCAACCGUUCAAAGCUGCUAAAUGUUCUCUUUGCCAUAAAGAUUCAGUGUAACCGUGUGAUCACAUUAUAGGAUUCUCUUCUGUCCCUAGGUGUUGGUCUGACUUCCUUUGUUUUCAGGAGGGGGGUGGGGGUAGUGCCUUGAUCACUGUCGGUCUCCGCCACGGAGACCAUCCUAGAAGCUGUAUUUACAAUAUAGCACAGCUGGGAGUGUACUGACUUUACCAGCAACCGAAAAAGCUUAAAAAAACAAAAAAAAAAAACAAAAAAAAAAAGGCUUUUCCUAGCCAGUCCUGUGCAUGUGAUACGGGGUGAGGGCGGCACGUCGGAGGGAAGACUCGGGGUGGUAACUCAAGGGAAGGAAACCUGGGAAUGCAGGAGGGAGGCCUGGAGCAGCCCCCGGCACGCCCCCCCCCCGGGAGAUGUGCGGCCGUGGGUGCGUUUCUCCAGGCUCCAGGGAAAGUAGUUGGAUCUCGGAGCGCAGCGCGGGGGGUUCGGAGCGUUCGCUGUGGCACUGGACAGCGUGAGACAGACGCGCCGAGACCCAGCGGGGGUCUCGCAUCCCAUCUGCCUGAGAUCCAACGGCUUUACUUACGCAUGAGACGAAGCACAAGUGGUGGAGAUGUGGGUGUGGGGAGGUUGGAAGGGAGCCCUGCGCGUAUGUUUUAAAUUAUUUUCCUCUUAGAAACUUUUAUUUUAAUGAUCUGUGACCUGUCAGGGAAAGAAGAGAGAUUGUGUGAGCACAGGACAAAAAUAAAAUGGCUUAUUCACUGUA